AUGGGUUUCUUCAAGCGCAAGGACACUGGCCCCCUCAUCCCCCCUAUCCCACCUACCGCCGGCCAGCAGGCCCGUGCCGCCGACCCGUACGCGGCUCGUAGCACCGGCGGUGCCGCUCGUGACCCGUACUCAUCUGGCGGUGGUGGUGACCCCUACGGCGCGGCGGCUGGUGGCAACCGUGACCCGUACGGCGGCGCUGGCGCCAAUGCCAACCCUUACGGCAGUGCCGGCGAGCAGCAGAACAACGCUGCCCGCAACGAGCUGUUUGGUGGCUUUGCGGCUCCUGCCCCCGCUGUGGAGCGCAAGUGGGGCUACGACGGCCGCGAGCAGGAGGAGGACUUUGACGAGGACGAGGAGGUCGAGGGUAUCAAGCAGAGCAUGCGCCAGACCAAGCAGGACUCGCUGGCGAGCACGAGGAACGCCCUCCGUCUCGCUCGUGAGGCUGAGGACAAUGCCCGCGGUACCGUGGCCAGGCUCGGCGAGCAGUCUCAAAUGCUGGCAAACUCGGAGCGCCACCUUGACAUUGCAAAGGCAAACUCGCAGCGUGCCGAGGACAAGGCCGCCGAGCUCAAGACGCUCAACCGCAGCAUCCUGCGACCCGCCAUCACGUGGAACAAGGAUGCCAAGCGCGCGGCGCAGGAGCAGAAGAUCAUGGACCGCCACAACAUGGAGCGCGAGGACCGUCAAAAGGCCAUGCAGGACGUGGCCGAGACGAACCGUCGUCUGAACGCCGCGGCCGGUGGCAGGACAUACGGCCAGGACCCCGUUGCCGGUAAGAUGAAGGCGCGCGCCGAGGGCCGCAAGCGCUUCCAGUUUGACGCCACUGCCUCGGACGACGAGCUCGAGAACGAGCUCGACGAGAACCUGGACGAGACGCUGGACAUUUCCAGGCGUCUCAAGAUGCUGGCAACGUCCAUGGGCGAGGAGGUCGGCAAGCAGAACACGCGUAUCGGUGUCAUUACCGACAAGACGGACAACCUCGAGGUCAAGGUUCAGCUCAACACCGACCGUCUGCGCAACAUCCACUAG